CCCCUUGUCCCCCACCGCGCGCGCUCCUCCCGCCCCGGAGCCUCGCCCUCCGCCACGAUGAGCAAAUGAGCGCGAGCGAGGGCAUGAAAUUUAAAUUCCACUCAGGGGAGAAAGUCCUGUGCUUCGAGCCUGACCCCACCAAGGCGCGAGUGCUGUACGAUGCCAAGAUUGUGGAUGUUAUUGUUGGGAAAGACGAAAAAGGCAGAAAGAUUCCAGAAUAUCUAAUCCAUUUUAAUGGUUGGAACAGAAGCUGGGAUAGGUGGGCAGCUGAAGAUCAUGUCCUGCGAGAUACCGACGAAAAUCGGAGAUUACAGCGGAAACUGGCAAGAAAAGCUGUAGCUCGCCUAAGCACAGGAAGAAAGAAGAAGCGCUGCCGAUUGCCUGGUGUCGAUUCUGUCUUAAAAAGCCUCCCCGUUGAAGAAAAAGAUAAAAGUGAUGAGAACUCUGUAAGCACUUCCUCUGGUGACAGCAGUGAAGAAAAGGAUGGCGCAAUAAGUGAAGAAAGUGACAUUGAAGAAAAGACUGAAGUGAAGGGACAACUGGAGCCGCGCAGGAAAAGGGCGAUGGACGAAAGGGCAAUCACUAUAGACAUCCCCGACGUUCUGAAGAAGAAGCUGGAGGACGAUUGCUACUACAUCAACAGGAGGAAACGGUUAGUGAAACUUCCGUGCCAGACCAACAUCAUCACGAUCUUGGAAUCGUACGUGAAGCAUUUCGCGAUCAAUGCAGCCUUUUCCGCCACUGAGCGGCCCCGGCAUCAUCACGCCAUGUCCCAAGCCAGCAUGAAUGUGAAUUACAUCCCAGCAGAAAAGAACGUGGACCUUUGCAAGGAGAUGGUGGACGGAUUAAGAAUAACCUUUGAUUAUACUCUCCCGUUGCUCUUGCUGUACCCGUACGAACAAGUUCAGUAUAAAAAGGUGACUUCGUCCAAAUUUUUUCUUCCCAUUAAGGAAAGUGCCACCAGCAGCAGUAGGAGCCAGGAGGAGCUCUCUCCCAGCCCGCCUCUGUUGAAUCCGUCCACCCCGCAGUCCACGGAGAGCCAGACGACCGGGGAGCCGGCCACCCCCAAGCGGCGCAAGGCGGAGCCCGAGGCCCUGCAGUCCCUGCGGCGCUCCACGCGCCACUCGGCCAACAGCGACCGGCUGUCCGAGAGCAGCGCGUCGCCGCAGCCCAAGCGCCGGCAGCAGGACACGUCAGCCAGCAUGCCCAAGCUUUUCCUGCACCUGGAGAAGAAAACGCCUGUGCAUAGCAGAUCCUCCUCACCCGUUCCCGUGACCCCCAGCAAGGAAGGCAGCGCGGUGUUCGCCAGCUUCGAAGGCAGAAGGACUAAUGAGAUCAAUGAGAUUUAUUAUCAUAAUUUUCAGAUGAUUAGAAGUGUCUCCAUGUUGCCAAGGAAGUUGGAUCCUCCUGUGAUUGAUUUAAGAGGCAAAAAGCUCGACCCUCUUCAGCAUAAAAACACAUUAUAUUCUCCUAUGUCCUGAGAUCAUACCCACAAAGAGCUCCAUGGGGAAGUUGGAGGGCUACCUCUUCAGGACUUCCACAUUGUCAGGAAAUGGUCACUAUUUCCUCCCUUCCCUGGUCCAGCUGUGGAGCAACUCCUGAGGUCCUCUCCUGGAAACUUGUACCGGACAGUUACCCUCCGGGCGACCAGCCGCCUCCACCCUCGUACAUUUACGGGGCACAACACUUGCUGCGAUUGUUUGUGAAACUUCCAGAAAUCCUUGGAAAGAUGGCCUUUUCUGAGAAGAACCUGAAGGCUUUACUGAAGCACUUUGAUCUCUUUCUGAGGUAUUU